AUGGGCAUGGCCUCCGCAUCUCAAUGGCUCUUCAACUUCGUCGUAGCUGAAGCCACGCCGAACAUGUUGGCCACUCUCGGCUCCAACGGCUACGGGACAUUCUUUCUCUACGGCGGUUUUUGCUUCACCAUGGUCGUCUAUGCGUGGUACUUUGUUCCCGAGACCAAAGGCCUCUCCCUCGAGUUCAUGGAUGAGCUCUUUGAAAGAGAGACGGUUCGGGGCAAGUUUAAAUCGCGUCGAGUGGUUGAUGCUGGCGAUAUGGAAUCUGGGAAACUCGACGAUGAAGCCAAACGCUCGGUGCAGCACAUUGAGACGAAGAACCAGUGUUUGGCGAGUCUGAAGUUGCCUCUUGGGUAG